UUGCAGGUUCAUAAUCCAGGGCCUGCUGAGACGCUUUAGAGAGGGGAGGGUUAACGACAGCCAGAGCACAUGUGUAGUAAGGGCCAUGUGCACAUCUGCAUCAGUGCUGUAUGUUCAGGGAGGUGGGAAACUGUUCCGUGUGUGGUGGGAAGGGUUAAAGUCUUUAAUUUUGGGGUGCUUAAAUUGAAAGGGCGGUAGGUGUGUCCACGCAUUGCAGUGACUCUGUGGAAAGAAGAAUGGUGCCAGAGCAGCAGUGAGGGAGUGCGGAGGCAUGGCUGCAAGUUGAAAGGCAAGGUGCGGGGCGAGGAAGAAUUGGGCCCGCGGGUGGUUAUUCUGUCACUUGAGCGGUGUUGUUUCCUUUGGGAAGUUGCUUGGCCUCUGCGCUUUCCUCGCCUCUCUGCCUUUUUUCCUGCCCUUUCUGUUUUAAUGGCGCAGUUGGAGACUUCAUUUGUUUCUGCCAGGAUGUUCAUCCAGUAACUGGAGUGCCUAGUUUGGUUGGUGCCUCUGGGUAUUACAGUAAUAGAGACUAUAGUAACAUCAUAAUGGAGGGGAAAACCCAGAACAACCUAGUGGAAGGUUGCUUUGGGCUGUAAGACUAUGAAUAGAACAGAAACGAAAUGGAGAAAGACGUACCUAGAGGCAGAGAGGAUAUCCAGCAGUACCUAGGUGAAAGAAAAAAGUUAGAAAAUGCAGAACAUUCUAAAAAAAAAAGAGAAAGAACCAAGAUGGGCCUAAUAAGAAACAAGGUGUAUUAAAAAUGUGCACAUACGAAUGACAGAAACCUCAAAAGAGUAAAUACUGUUUUGUAAGAGGCAGAGCAGAUGAGAAAGUCACUGUUGCUGACCUGCAGAGUCAAAGGUUGCAUUGCGAGUUCAUUAGAUACCGAAAGCUCUCCAGGGGCAAAGGGCACUUGAGACACAGGUCUUGAAGAAAUCUGGUUUAUCAGCUCUGCUGUUUGAGCAACGAUUUGGACUUUUUGGUCAAGUUUUGCCCAGAACUAACAUGUAAUGAAUGACCUGCCAUCGCCGUUGCUUAUCAUCUUUACCAGCUAUUUAACAUGCGUUACAGGCAAGCCAGACCCUGCGGUAUCGGCUUAUUUCCUCAGAGUGGCAUAGCAGGACAAGAAACAACAGUGGGCUUCUGCGAUGCCCACCACUGGAUGGAGCUGGUCCAAGAAUAGCUUGCUGACGGCAUGGGUAGUGCAGCAGAUAGGAAAGCUAUCCCUCUGCCCUCGGGACUAGGUUCUGCAUUCUGUCUGAACCUGUGUGUUGCUGGGUCUGUGGACUCCUUCUAAAGGCUUGAGGAAUGGUAACUGAGAAAAAGCAAGCUAUUUGAGGAAGCUGAAGCAUAUUCCAAACAAGUCGUGUCAUUAAUGAGAGCAACUUGGGAGUCUGCCAACUCGGGAAGCUUGAAACCCAUGAGUGUAACUGAGUUUUAAAAUGACGGACCAGACCAAAAAACCCAUUUGGGAUCACAGCAUAUCCUCCCAUAAGCUGUACCAGGCUUCUGAUCUGCCUCCAACCACUCCAUUCAAUUUACUGAACUACACUCUCGUUGUGGCAUGCCAGCGUCAGUCCUCUCAGCCUCAAGGCACACUGAAAGCCUUAGUCAGGCCUGCAAAGGCAGGAUUCUUGCCUUAGCCCGGAUCUGCUUGACAGCAUACGGCUGGUUCGUAAUCAGUGGAAAGUGUUCAUGUUACAAGUCUAGUAUCUGUGACGACACUUCACAGAGAAUAUUAACACCCCACACCAAGCUUCUACUUAAAACUGUCUCCAGCAGCUGGGACCUUUGAGAAGAGGCAACAAAUCGGAUGAGACCUGUGAUGAAGCACAAAGAGCGGAGGAUAAAUAAAUCCGUCAUGUCCCAGCACUGCAGUGUCAGUUACUAGUUUGUGCCUUGGGAGGAGCCUGGUAGCUCAGGGAGAAAUCGGAGCUCUGUGGUGCAGUAUGUGCAGCAAUAGGUGGGCACUGCUCCAAAUGGGCUGCAGGCAAGCGUAGCUAUGGAGGAAAGGGCACAGAGCCAGCAUGGCAGGGGUCACUUAAACUGCCGCAGAGGACUGGAUUCAGGCUGUCUAGUGGGUACCCUGCUGAGCCUCUCAGGAAGGCUGCAGGCAUGACCUGCUGUAGAGUAAGGAGAUGAGUUGUGUGCACAACGUCUUCGUGAUUUCUAUCACUCAUGCGUUUCAACUGAGGCACAUCGGGUGUUCCCUCUGCCUCCUCUGGGAUUCUUCCUCCCUCCGCUCCCCCGGGUGAGCACCACCUUGCACCCCCCUGCCCACCGCAUCUGGGUUACAAGCAGCAGAUCUGGUGCUUUCCAGUGAUUGUGUGUAAAUACAAGUACAUGUGAAGAACCGUGGAGGUAUCAAAUAUCUCUGUGUUGAUACAGUUGUCUCUGAAUGACAUACGCGCGUUAUAAAUACAAACCUUUGGUUCUUGCGUCUGUACUGGGUGGAAGAAUAUCGGCUCUGCUGUCAGCCAGCAGCACCACCCUUUCAGAGUAAGUACCCUUCACCACUGAUAGCAAACGUCAAAACCUGCAUAAAGAGGGCCCAACCUCUGGAAGCGCCGGGCUGGCUGACAGGACUGUUUCCUGAUCGCUGCGCACUGCCCUGCGGAGAUGCCUCGGCAAGGCAGGGAGCGAGGCAUGGUCUCUGGUCUCGGACGGGAUGCCCGCCGCAGCUCCGCGCCCGAGGGAUGAAGGAUGCGCUUCCUCCCGGCAGCCGGAGCCGGCUCUCCAGGCGCUAGGGGGUCUUCCUGGCUGCCAUGACUCAUUUCUUUUUUUGACAGCCCCCUGGCUCGAUGCAGUCGAAGCCCUUGUCAGGGUAGCACCAGCUAAGAUAACGGCACCGAUGCGAAAAACAUAAAACCGCAGGAAGAACAGUUACGCUGACAGCGACAGGCCCCAGAGAAUGCCGGGUUUAUUUCGUGUGUGUGUGUGUGUGACAGAGGGGUCAUGCAGCGCGAGACGUGCAGCAGGAGCAGUCGGGCGGGGUGGAGGCGAUGGCGCUCCCAGGCCGAUUAGCCCUCUGCGUUCCGUGUUCAGGGCCCUGAGGACCCCCAAAAGAGCCGCUCCCCCCGCCCCCGGCUGGCAGCGCGGUGGGCGGAGGGAGCCGCAGGUCCGCGCCGCCCCGCCGCGGGGCCCCGCUUCGCGCUCGCCCAGCCCCCGCCCCGCCGCCCGCCCCGCACCGGGUGGGUGCACCAACCGAAAGUAAAAAAACAAGCCAAGAACUACCCCAAAGCCCCUCAAACCCAGCCGGGGCGGGACGGCGGCGAGGCGGGAGGAGUUCGGCGGGCAGUCACCAUGAAGAGGAGUAAGAAUAGAGUGGGGAAGUCCUGCAGCAAAGGCUGAAGACUUUAGCCAAGCUGGCCUUCCUGAUGCCUAGAGCUGACCGCUCUGGCAGGCCUAGCAGUGCAGCAUGAUUAAGAUGAAGAAGAAACUGUGGGCGUCUUGCUUCUGCUUUGCAGCUGCCUUUUUCCUUAUGGUGACACUCCAGGUUAUCACUGAACUGGGCAGUUCAGAGAAUAAGGUGGCAGUAAUCUCCAGUUUACGCAGUGGCCCAUUAAAACCUGUGGAGAGACACAGUUUUCAGUUUAAGAAGCAGGAACUUCACAGCAGCUUCAAGACACAGUCUGAUGUAAAUCACUAUCCUGUCCUGCUCUGGUGGUCUCCCCUGACUGGUGAGACAGGGAGAUUGGGUCAGUGCGGAGAGGAUGUUUGCUUCUUUACCAUCAACAAGACCUACCAGCACAAUCAGAUGACAAGAGCAUUUCUGUUCUAUGGUACUGACUUGAGUAUAGACAGUCUACCCCUCCCUCGUAAAGACUAUCAUGAUUGGGCCCUUUUCCAUGAAGAGUCACCAAAAAACAACUACAAACUCUUCCAUGAACCGACCAUCACCUUGUUCAACCACACUGCAACCUUUAGCCGCCAUUCCCACCUACCGCUGACCACUCAGUACCUUGAGGGUGUAGAGGUUCUGAAGUCAUUGAGGUACAUGAUCCCAGUGCAGAUGAAGAACAGCCUGAGGAAGAGGCUUGCACCACUUGUAUAUGUGCAGUCUGACUGCAACCCUCCUUCUGAUCGGGACAGCUAUGUGCGUGAGCUAAUGUGCCACAUUGAAGUAGACUCUUACGGGGAAUGUCUGCAUAACAGAGACCUUCCCCAGCAUCUCAGAAGUCCAACUGCCAUGGAUGAUGGGAAUUUCUCUAAAAUACUGGCACAGUACAAGUUCAUUCUCGCUUUUGAAAAUGCUAUCUGUGAAGAUUACAUCACUGAAAAACUCUGGCGGCCGCUGAAGUUGGGAGUGGUACCAGUAUACUUUGGGUCUCCCAGCAUUGUAGACUGGCUUCCUAGUAACAGGAGCGCAAUCCUGGUAUCCAGUUUUUCACACCCUCGGGAUCUGGCCCACUAUAUCAAAACACUGGAUACAAACGAUCAAGAAUAUGAGUCCUACCUACAAUGGAAGCUGAAAGGGGACAUUUCCAACCCAAGACUGCUUACAGCAAUGAAGGAACGCAAGUGGGGAGUGCAAGAUGUCACCCAGGACAAUUACAUAGAUGCCUUUGAGUGCAUGGUGUGUAACAGAGUGUGGGAAAAUAUCAGAAGGGAAGAAAAGGGAUGGCUGCCCCAGAGAUGGAAUGCUCAGAUUAACCAUCUGAGCUGCCCCAAACCAGAGGCUUUCAGGUUCUCAUCUUCAGACCCUGGUUGGACUUCUCUCCAAGAGAUGUGGAUACCGAGCUUUGAGCAAUCUAAGAAAGAAGCCUGGGCGCUGAGGCAUCUGGUGGAAAGGAACAGGAAUUUUACAGCUCAAGAAUUUUGGAUGCUUGUAUUCAAAGAAUGAACACAAUCACCUGCACAACAGUGUGAGCUCCUCAGAGGAGUCUGUAGAAUUUUCUUUUGUAGGUCACCUUAUCAUAUGUGGGAUUGGUAGCCACAGGAAGUAGACCUGUAAGACUGAACGUAGUCUGUUCAGUACUCAAGGGGUACUAAGGAAGGCUAAACAAUAGAAUCACCCUAUCAGGUGAUAUGUGUGUAUAUAUAUGUGUGAGUGUGUGUAUAUAUAUAUAUGUUCAGUAAUAUGUACAUUUAUAUUAAUUGUCAUUACCUCAGAUGUUUGAGCAUUAACGCACAAGUCAAGGUUCUCAAAGCCCUGUUUUAAGCGCACAGCUAAUUCCCAUGAAACAGAUGGAUCUCCCUCCAUCUUUAAGUAUGCAGCUAUGUCGAUAGCCUCAGGACCCUUUUUUCCCCAGUGCUCGACGACCCUCCUUUGCUGCAUUGAUAGUCAUGAGCUGGAGAGCAGCUGACACCAUUGCACUGGUACAGCUUCUGUACUACUUUGGAGGUAGUGGAAAACCUUGGGACUGUGUCCCUGGCUAGCUGUUUAUUAUCAAUUUUCCUGGCAUCAGCAGAUUUAGCAGGGACUUGGCAGGCUUUGUGUCCUGACACGAGUGCCAAUGUAAAGUGCAUUAGUGCUUGGCACAAGAAAGCACCAUCUGUUAGUGUCCAGGGACAGAUUGAAUGAAAAACGUGCUGGCUCAGACUUACCCACCAUCUUUUGCUAAAAAUAAGCAUAGCACAUGAAUAUCUCCACUCCCCAGAAGUGGGACUGGCCUUAAUCUGAUUUACCUUCUUGCCUUUCUGAUGGUGGACUAGUGUUAUGGAUGGACCAUGUGUGAACAGGGAAUUACAUGCUUGAAAGGGCAGGGAUAAAAUGGAGGGUCCACUGAUGCUGAAGAGUCUUCAAUAGGCACAAGGAGCGGUAGGCAAGCACCCUUCCUAUUUCAACACAGAAAACCCUAAUUUACUUUGACUGACAAAGAAAAAACUUAGUGAUCCUGGUCAUCACUUGCCAAAGGGCACAACCUUUGCCUGGCUUGCAGAUUGUUGCAGUUCUCAUCCCAAAAUCUUGCAUCCUCAGUCUAUGGAGGAGUCAACUUCCACAGGGUCCACCAAAUGGCAUUAUUUGGGUGGAACCAUUAGGAUGAGAGACUGUCAUUCAUACACAUGCCCAUGUAUGUGCAGAUACACAGGCAGUUAUAACUACUAAUAUGGAGUUCUUCACAUGGCUGGAAAGGCAGAUUUUCACCUGUCUGAUAAUUUCCAUGCAAUUGUUCCUUGUAGUAGGCUAUUUUAAGACUGCUGUCAACCAUCUGGCUGUUUUAUGAAUUAGUAGCCAUGGGGAAGGAUGUGAAUAGCAUUUACACGACGAAAUUCAGCUGCAAAAUUUACUUACCUUGGAAAAGUUUUCUCACCAGUAAUUUUCUCACCAAAUAGAUGAAUUUUUUUAUUACUUUUAAGUUUAGCAAGAGAAAGAGCAGUUUUGUGGCCAUAAACCACGUAGUAUUGGUCAUUGCCUCUAUGAGCACAUACUUAGUUUUGAUUAAGCAAAACAGUCCCACUGAAAUAUCUCACCACUAGUGUUUCGCCAGUGUGGCACACAGCAUCUCUUGGACAUGUCUUAAGCUAUUUCCCCAGUGGUCUACAGUGCAAAUGAUAACUAAGCUCCACAAAUGAAGCCCUUCCAGAAAGUGGCAUUAACACUAGACUUACAGGCUUUACCAAAACGGAAUUGAGAGCUGGACAUAAACCCAACAUUUGCAAAGGGAACUGCUGAAUCCCCACCUGUUGCCCCAGGAUGGCACUUAAUAACUGCAGCAUGGAAGACUGCCUCUUUUUCUUGGUGAUAUUCUGCUGCCUCCUUUGGCAAAAAUCUCAAGCCGUGUUGUUUGAAGACCUCAGGAGCUGCACAACUGAAGAUUUUUUUUUUAUUUUGAUUCCAGGGUGGAAUCUGUCAGAUCCUGAGCUUCCUGAGCAAUCUGGUAGAGUGAUAUCCAAAGGGAUGAGGCAUAUUUAUCUCAGUUUAUGGCAUGUUAUUAUCCUUCAUUUUACUUUGGUGGAGCAGGAGGGAAAGGAAGAUUGAAGUAACUGGUUUACAACCCACAUUCUGAAAUUUCAAGUGGUCAGCAGCAGGCGUUUCAGAAGUAACAUCUUCAUCCACUGCUAUACACAGUAGAAAGAUGAGUCCCCAAAGCAGCUGGCUGAAGUGCUCUAGUUGUCACUCAGCCUUACAAGAUCUUCUCACAAUGCAUCCUUUCUAGAACAUUAAGCUCCUGGCUCCCACAGGCUAGAGUCCAGAGCAACCUAAAUUUGGCCUCUUGGUAUUUAAUCACCCUCUAGAGCCUUUUCUCCUGUUUUGGGUGGAGGAAGUCUUAGUGAACAAUACUCUGGGAGACUUAUGGCAAGAUUUUGUGCAGUCUAAUAAAGUGUAAGAAAGACUGACCGUCGUGAACUUUUAAGUUGAUCUCUCUUCUCCCCCUACUGCUCCGGAAAGGAAUAAGCAGAAGCAGUUGACGAGCCUCUCUUGUUGUUGUUGUUAGUUGAUGUACUAGCCUUCCUGCCGUGUACAGGUUUGUAAUUCUAGCCAAGAGAGGAAUCCAGUUUGUUUGGCAGGCUUAUGUAUAUCCUGGAUGGCACAGCCCUUUCUUUUUUGUUUUCUUUUUGCCUUAGAAAGACAAUAGCAAAACAGUUGAGAAAAUUUCUGUAUUUCCAGCAACAAGAGCUGAUUCUGGAUGAGUAAAUGCAUGCUUCCUAACCUCUUGCAUAGUGGUAACAAGCUGUUCUGAUUUCCUCUGUUGUGGGUUAUAACGUAGACAGCUCAUACAGGGCUUGCAUUUAUUCCUCUGAACCCAUAUCUAUCAGCUCUGCUGGAAUUCAUACGUAUUAGUGGCCUCUGAGUCUGCAAUGGCAUUUGCAUCUGAAAUACAAAACCUUAGGACCAGUCUGCCCCUUCAGAAGAUGCCUGUGUUCAGCUUGGAGGUGUCUCUGGGAAUUUGCAGCAGUGCUGAUGGGGCUGGAAGAGCCUGGGGAAAUAGGCUCUGGAGGCCAGCCAUGGACAUGGUCCUCCUUCUUCCUCUCCCUGAUUUUUCCUCGAGGAAAAUCAGGACUCGGGCAUGGAAAAAGGAGAACAGGAGUUGCUUUUAUCCUUCUUACUACAAUCCCCUGGCCUCUCUAUUUUCACUACCUUCCACCAGCUCCCCCUGACAUACCUGUGCCCUUGUGCCUCCCAUCCUCCAUGGCAUCUGGUUGUGUAGGGAAACAAAACACAAGGGGGUUGUUUUUUCACUGCAAAUGUCUGCUCACACUUCUCCACUUUAUUUUUGCUGUGUCAGAGGCCUGAUCCUCCUCCUGUCCUCCUUGGGUUCUGGCUGCCUGUCCCUGAGGCCAUCUCUUAACCAGUGCAGUGAUACCUGGGAUCAGGCUGCAGGGAAGCCACUAAGGUGAGUGUGAGAAGGAGCUGGCAGAAGCCUCACCUGGGGCCUCCCCUGUCACACCAGGGCUACUUUUGAGGUCUUGAUCCUUGUCUGUGCUGUGCUGUGCCAUGUUCUGACUGGCCACGGUGCUGACUCUGACCAAUGUUCUGGACUUCUGUCUCAAUCCUGACCUGCUUCGUCCCUGUGAACCUGCUGGGCAAUUGCUGAACUGUGGCUGGCCCUGCUGUCUGUCACCACGCCUGCCCUGCCUGCAUGCCUAGCCUGUGGUGCAACAUCCUCUCCACCCCUGUGGGGAUGCUGCACAAUUGGCUCCACUCCCAGCGGACUUUUUGUGCCAGUCAGGGGCCCUUCCAGAAGGUAUUGCUGAUGGGAAAAGUCCCCUGGCAAUAUCUGGCCCUGCCAUCACGAGGCUUCCUCCAACUGUCUAAGAGUUGCUUCAUCUCUUGGUGAGCUGGUCCACAGCAGAUGCCCCCACCCGACCCCUGGUGUUGGCCCAUUCCCUGACUGUACCCGCAAACCCUCGACAGCCACAUCCCCUGUGUCAUGGCAGAGUGCUGUGCAGUUGGGCUGUCCUGCACCUGCCAUGCCCUGCCUCCUCCUUGCCUUCCUGCAUCACUCCGGUGAUGGCAGCUCUCCUGGUACAUCACUUUGUUCCCCAGUGUGCACAGACUUCAGGUUCAAAAUUUCAUUCCUCCUCUGGCCACUUGAUCCAUUUAUCCCAGACUGUUUCAUUUUUGCAUAUUUGUUUGCUUCAAAACACACUUGUCUUGUUUCAUUUUCUUUAGGAGGGCCUGGUGGGGUGGGGGUGUUAGCACAGGUGGAAGCAGAUCAUAUGAGGUUGCUGUGCUCGGCAUACAUUAGUGUCACAAUGCAGUAUUUACCCCAGAAAAUGAACAGCAAGCCAAUGACUGGGGAAGUGGUUAAAGAAAAGAAAUGUAAGGAGGACUUUGACUGUGUUCACUUCAAUGCAAGACAAGCCUCGAUCCUAUGCUGUGGGUGCACAACUGUGCGUUGUGGGCUUCAGAGGUCAGAUCCUAGGUUUCCUACCGCUUUCAGCAUUUUACAGAGAAACAAAGCCAAACACUUGCUUGUGGCAGGCAUUAAGGAAAGCUGAAGAUCUCAACGCUGGUAACAAACAUUUGCAAAGCACGUGAUGUUCUGCUUUGUCAGCAGCACGGCCGUAGGCUGACAUGAAAUACAGUGAGGGUGGCUGUGUGCUUCUGUAGAAAAGCAUGUCACUGCUGUGUAUGCAUGAGAUGAGUGGUGGGGAGGUUUCAUAUGGCCAGCAGAGUAGAACCACGCACUGCACAGCUCUGUGGAGACUGCUCAGGCAGUUAAGAGAGGUUAAAGCCAGGCGCUUUUUGUGUAAUUAACGGAAAAGGAAAGCUUGUCUGAAUUGCUUUUCACAGGAGCACUUUCUCCAGCAGCAGCAAGGAUGGAAGGCCAGGUAGUGUGGAGUGGUGUGCUGCUGUGUCUUGCUUGUCUGAUAUUCCCCCCUAAGUCUUUUUAAACUAUUGUUACAGAACCCUCAUGUGCAGACCUUGUUUUUAGUGUGUCUUUUAAAUUCAGGGUUAAUGAAUUAAUUAUUAAAAACCUGCAGCCAUUUGCUGAUCUCUUAACUCCCUGGCUUUGGAAAAAGAUAGGUCAUGGAGACAGCUAUUUUGCAUCUAAUCAAUCAAAUGUCUUGAAAGCAUUCUUGUUUAAUAUAUGUACAUAUAUUCUGCAGGGAAAAAAGUCCCUGAAGAUUGCUAAGGUUGCAAAAUAAAGCAGAGUGCAGAA